AUGGAUCGUGGGCUCUCUGCAACCGAGGCGAUUCCUGAAAGCACCUGUGGACAGCCCUCCAGCAGCCCGGGCAUCUUGAAGGCAGAUCCAGGGGCCACGGUACGUCUUGCAGCUGGAGUCGGGUGUGGGUCACUUCGAGCCAUGGAGGGCGAGCCCCUGGGGGAGGACGCGCUGCUGUGGCAGCUCCGGGACAGCCGCCGCCGCUUCCAGACGCGCAUGCAGCGGCUGAUAGAAAAGCCGGGGUCGGGGCCUCUCAAGCCCUCGGGAUUGAGAAUUUGGGGUGGAGGACUAGUAAAGGAGAAAAACAAAGAACAAAUCCAGCCUGCAGAGCCCUGGAGCCCUUUAAAAAAUGAAUUACGAAGGAAGUACUUGACCCAAGUGGAUAUAUUGCUACAGGAUGAAGGGUGUUUAGAGGGUACUGGUGACGGAGGUGGAGAGGACGCAUGCGUGACACUGACCCCUCCCCUGGCCUCGCCUGCCGGGCCUGCCCCUGGACGCCGUGGCCGUGUGUCCGGAGAGAGUUCUGGUGGCCCAGUGAAGCCGGCUUCACGCCCCUGCUCAGCAGACCUGGCCGUGGUGCCUAGAAGUGACAGUGUCUCGUUACAAGGGACCGGGGGGCACAGCUUCUCAAGCAGCCUGUCCUUCGAGCCCGACAACAUCUGUGACGUGACCAUCAGCGACCUGUACGCGGGCAUGCUGCACUCAAUGAGCCUGCUGCUGAGCGCAAAGCCGUCCUGUAUCAUCUCCACCAAAACCUCGUUUGUCCUUCACAACUGGAGCUCGAGGAGGAGAUGCUCCAGGAGCAGAGUGAACAGGACUCAUUGCCGAGGCGGCAGGCGCCCUCACAGGGCUUCCCAGGAGAGGCUCCCAGUCCGUGCCAGGCCAGGGAGGGACAGGGGCGCCUUAAGAGAUUGCGAGAACCUACUGGACGCUUCUGGCCAGAAGACGGGUUUAAAACUGGACAAAGCUUUUCUCGAAGUAAACAAACCCCAAGUCCUUAAAUGGGGUCCCAGUUGGAAAGAGUUUAAGGAGUUAAGGAGUUUAACACCCCAGGGGCGUUCUUCAUUGCCUUAUGGAGACUCCCGUGCAGUGUGUCAUCUGGAUCAGAAUAGAUACAAGGCCUUAAAAUGGUUAAUUUCCCCUGUAAAAAUCGUUUCCAGACCAAGAAUACUCCCAGGCAAGCGAGGGAAUCAUUACAGGGAAAUUGAAAUCAGAUUUGAUAAGCUUCAUCAGGAGUAUUGCCCCAGUCCCCGGAAGCAGCCCGUCCUGACUUCCCUCCCGGAAUCCUCGGCCGUGGACGUGUACGGGGGUGGUCCAGCGAGCCCUCGUGGCCCCCAGGGCUUCGAAACCCGCAGGCUCAGUGGAACUUUCCGCACAGCAGAAGCUAAGAGGUUAAAUGAGGCCUUUGAAGAGCUGGGCGAUCGAGCCAGGGGAGCAGGGAGAUGCCUGCAGAGAAGGGGUUCCCCUCCCCCGCUUCCAGAGACCAGCCCCGUGCAGAGCCCACGCCGCUCUGAGCAGACACUCCUUUUUCAAGGAAACAAUAGUCUUGGAAUACUUAGAAAGUCCGCCUCACCCAACAGACCUACUUCAGUAGCAGGGAUGCAGCCUCUAAGCUGUGUUCGAGAUCGUUACAAGGAAAUAAAAGAAAAAUUUGACAAGCUUCAUCAAAAGUAUUGCCAACAAUCGCCUCCGCGGACGAAGGCACUUUUACGCGUUGGAGCAUGUCCAGAUAAAGCAAGUUUGGAAGUUCAGUAUCAGAGAGGCACCUUAGGAAAAUUAAACCCAGACUCUGGCUUCCAAAGUCCCCCAAAGCUGUCGGUGUCACCCCAGCAGAGGAUAGAACUGGGUCUGGAGCGGGAGCGGCCCGCCGGGGCCACGGUAUCCGUGCUGGGCUUUGAGGUGCACCUGGGCCGUCCCACCUCGGCCUACACUUGCCCUGCAGUCUGGCUCCGCAGGCACCACACGUCCUGUGGCCCUAACCACGAGGUAGCCUUCGUCAGUCCAGGCCUCCGGCUCCUUGCCUGCGCCCGUCUCGGGCCAGGCCACCUGCAGGGCAGCGCGGAGCCACGUUCCGAGUCCUGUGGGAUUGAGGCUUUCGGGGACCGUGGCAGGCACUUGGGGGACACCUGA